UUUCAUCACUUAGAGUUUUAGAAGAAUAGUUUUCAGAACAGUUGACCUUUCUGAGGUCGUGACCUUUAACAUCAUCUUUUCCUGUCUUCUGUCCAGAUCCUCUGACUCUGUGUCUCCAUGGUGAAGUGGGCGGGGUUUGAUGUCAGCCCCUCAUCUCGUCGACCCUCCCGCCAUGCCCACCAUGGUCUCUAGGUUGCCCAAGUUUGGUUCUCGGCCCAGAUCUCAGACGGCUCCCGCCGCCACCGCCGCUGUCAGCACCAGCGCUGCUGCUGCCGCCAGCGCUGCUGCUGCUGCCAGCGCCGGCACCCGCCUCACCAACGGGUUCUACCACCACCCUGGACCAUCAGGGGGCAACGGCGCCCUAACGGCGCCCCCGUCCUCGGCUAAACAGAAUGGAUUUAUCCGAGUGCCGAGUUCGAUUUCUGUGAAAUUGAGGAGAGAAAAUGGAUUGAUGGUGGACGGCGGCGGUGAUGGGGAGAGGGCGUGGAGCCGGGGGAAGGGCGGAUGGAAUCGCAGCAGCGUCCAGCAGUUUUACUCCCAGCGUGACGCCAAAAAAGCAGCCUCUGUGGAAAAGGGGCGUGGCUUUGGCCUGCCUGUGCCAUCAUCAUCAUCAUCGCCGUCUCCACAGUCCAGCCCCAGCACGCCUCCUGCUUCCAAAAUCAGAUCCAACAAACUGAGUCCAUCAGGGCCGACCAACGGCGCCAAACACGCCCUGAACGGCGUUUCGGGGCCCAAACCGCGGCCCGGACCCAGCAGCUCUCUGAGACGGCCUCAGAGUUUCCUCUCUCGUGCCGGCGGUUCUGGUCCUGGAUCUCGAGCUGGUUCCCCGUUCCAGAAGAAGACUCCAGCCAACCGCUCGUACUCCAGCGACAGCCUCGGCUCCGCUGUCUCCGUCCGGCUCACUGAAGACGAUCGCUUUCGCUCACGGAGCCUCACCCAGGUCCGACGGCAGCCCUCCCCCACCCUCACUCCUUCCUCCGCCUCCUCCUCGUCCCUCCCUCAGUCCCCCUCCACCAGCAGGGCUCCACCUAAAGGCAGCCUGCUGAAACCACCUUCAGCGAGGUCGGGGGUCCCCUCCCUCCUGCCUCCAUCUGCCUUAAAGAAACCUCUCCUAACCAGCCUGAGCCCCACCUCCAGGCCCAGUGGCAUCAGCUACAAGAUGUCACGCCCAACACUCAUCAAGCAGUCCCGCCCACUGCGAGCGACGACGGCCAAUCAGUGUGUAGACGACCAAGGACUGAGCAGACGGAAGGACUCUGUAGAGACGCCUUCGACGACAGAAAACAGCCCAGAAAACACUCCAGAGGCUCCGGACGCAGAGGAGCUGCCGGCAGAGCCUGCAUCCCAGGGAGAGGUGUCGAUUUUAGGGGAGACGCUGGAGGACAUGUCCCUGUCUUCCACCUCCUCUCUGGAUAGAAACGACACCAGUCAGGAGUACAUGGACGACUUUGACAACCUCGGAAACGGAGGCGUCGGCAUCCUGCUGCUUUCCUCCAAAAACGAGGAAGACGACUCCGGGCUCGACCAAUCGUGCGCCAGGUUUGAUGACGACAAGGUGGUCGCUAAUUGUGUCACCAAGGCGACCGGGCUGUGUUUUCUGGAUGAUGGUAUCGACUGGAGCAGCGUGAGACUCACAGGUGAACGAGGAGACCAUCAGCUGACCCGACUCUCCCGCCGGAGACGGUCCAGUCAGCCGGACUACCACGAGCAGGGCGGCUCGUCCCUGGACCUGUCCCCCUCCGACAGCUGCGGGUCCGGGGGCACCUACAUGUGGGACGAGGAGGGUCUGGAGCCCCUGGGGGGCGUCGCCACAACCGCGUCCAUUCACACCAGCAGCAACACCACCCACCACAUCGGGAGCUUCGACUCCGACCUCAACAGCAUCGACAUCCUGAACAACCUGGACUCUUGCGAUCUGGCUGAUGAUGAUCUCAUGCUGGACGCAGACUUCCCAGAGGAUGGCUCUCUGCACAGCGAUGAGGUGCGCUACACUCCGGCUCUUGCAGCUGUCAAAUCGCUCGAGAUGACGCCAUCGCUCAUUUCCUCAACACGAACCGAGCCGGCGCCGUGUCCCGACAGCACUGAGGAUUCUGGGAGUUUGCCACAGAUACUUCACUCCUCCAAUCAGGAAGACCAGGAGCCACUGACAGGUCAAGUCCCGACGCCACCGCGAACUCAAGCUCCACCUUCCACUAACAUCUGCCCCGCACAUCCCGAAACCCCUGCUGACAGACUCCGCAACCCCCGAGCUCCCAGUUCCACCCAUCCAGCAGCCCACGUAGGAGAGGAUGACGGGGAAAAGCAGAGGAAGGUGGAGGAGACGAAGUCGGGGGAAAGGAAGAAAACCCACAGCAGGUACCUGCAGCCGCCGCAGCCCUCCAAGCUCCGCCUCUUCCCAAAGACGAGGGCAGCACGCGACCCCGACACCAACAGCACCUCUGGACUGAAUUUCAGAACGCUGGCCUUCACCUCCACCUCCUCCCGCCUCCCCAAACCAAAGAACCACUGA